UGCCCGCAAAGCCGCCGCUGCUCCUCUCCGGGCGCGCAGUAGCAUCCACAAACUUUGAUGAGCUGUAACCUUCAGCGGGGCAACAAAACAAGCGGAGCUGCAUCGUAACCGGGCAGGAUAAACACAUCUGGGUGCGUUCGUUAAUUCGGGGGUGACCAAGGUGUCAGCAUGGAAAGCACUCCGGUUGAGAUUUUCAAAGAAGACAAUAAGUGCCUCUCCACGCUGAUGGAGGACUGUCCGGUGAAUUCUUCAGCCUGGGUGUCCGGAUACUCAGAGAACCGCAAUGUGACCCAUGAUGAUAGCUGGGAACCGGAGAGCAUGUCCCCCAUCAUCCCCAUCAUCACUGCAGUCUACUCCGUAGUAUUUGUGGUCGGCUUGUUGGGGAACUGCCUCGUCAUGUAUGUGAUCAUCAGGUACACAAAGAUGAAGACGGCCACCAACAUUUACAUUUUCAAUUUGGCGCUCGCCGACGCCCUCGUCACCACCACGAUGCCCUUCCAGAGCACCGACUACCUGCUGAACACAUGGCCCUUCGGUGAGGUGGUUUGCAAGGUGUUCAUCUCCAUCGACUACUACAACAUGUUCACCAGCAUCUUCACUCUCACCAUGAUGAGUGUGGAUCGCUACGUGGCGGUGUGCCACCCGGUGAAAGCCCUGGACUUCCGCACUCCAAUCAAAGCCAAGAUGAUCAAUGUGUGCAUCUGGAUACUGUCCUCAGCCGCAGGGAUACCUGCUUUUAUUCUGGGUGGAACCCAGACAAACAGUGACAUAACAGAGUGUGCCUUACAGUUCCCGGAGCCGUACGUCUACUGGGACACGCUGAUGAAGAUAUGUGUGUUUGUGUUUGCCUUCGUCGUGCCUGUGCUCAUCAUCACCGUGUGCUACUCCCUGAUGGUCCUGCGGCUGAAGAGCGUCCGAAUGUUGUCUGGCUCGCGGGAAAAGGAUCGCAACCUGCGCCGCAUCACCCGCCUGGUGGUCGUGGUGGUUGCUGUGUUCGUGGUCUGCUGGACGCCCAUUCACAUCUUCAUCCUCGUCAAGGCGCUCGUUAGCGUGCCCGAAACCACCGCCAUCAUGGCCGCCUACUUCUUCUGCGUGGCUCUGGGCUACACCAACAGCAGCCUCAACCCUGUCCUCUAUGCCUUCCUGGAUGAGAACUUCAAACGCUGCUUCAAAGACUUCUGCCUCUCAGCCAAGUUGAAGGGGGAGAAGGUAUCGGGGAGCAAGAAGGCCCCCAGCGCUGUGAGGGAGGCCGCGCUUCCCCUGGAGAAUCCAAACGGGACUAGAAAGCCAACAUGACUAGCAGUGGAACUGUCUUCAAUUUCCCAUAUUGGAAAAGAAGACUCACAUGACCUGGGCCUAACCCACGUCACGUCAGCAAUGUAGACUGUAAUUCUGACUCUAUUACUGAAGUUGACUCCGCUUGUUUUUAUUGUUAGAGGACGCGUCACUUGGGGGGUUUAAACAGUGCCAACAUUGAUAUAUGAUUUCAUUUCAGAGAUCAAGUGAAAGUUACAUGUUAGAAAUUGUAUUCCAUCUACUCCAUUAAUCCACAAAACGUCUCUACGUGACAAUAACUUAAUCCCCUUAACUUCCCUUCUGCUGUGACUUUUCCCACUUUCAUUCAUGUAUUUCCUCAUGUCAGCUGUGAUAAAGAUUGUGUAUUUAUAACUUCAACUUCGACUAGAAGACAGGUUUGUUAAGCACCAAAACAGCCCAAAUGUGAUUAAAAUUUGCCUUUUACUGUAUUGAUUUUAAAGUCAUUCUCUUUCCUAAAGAGAUUAUAUUCCUAAAAAAUAACUGCUUGUCAAUUAUAUGGAUUACAAGUAUUCCUAUGUGUGGAAAAUUAGUGAUAUGUUAGUAUCAUAACGCCAAAGUUUCUCAGGAAAUUGUUGAUUACUCCAUGGGGAAAGAAAUUAAUGAAAACUUUAAUAUUGGCAAGUUUCAUAUUUGUUGCAUCAAUGUUUUUUAGUUUUUAUUCUCAUUUAACUACAUUCUGUUUAUUCCUUUCUCCUUUUUUGUUUAUUCCUGUCAUUUCCUGCUAUAAUUCUUUUGCCAAAUGUGCCUUUUAACAGUCCAGGAUAACACAUGUUUGUAGCAGUGGAAAAUGGUUACAGGAAUGAUUAGCAGAUGGCUC